GUUUACGUCAAACCUUAAAAUCAGAUAUUCCAAGAGGCGCGUCGAUCUAUCAUGUUAGUAAAGAAUUUGGUAUUGCUACAAUGGGUGGAUUAGGGCAUGUUGUAACAGCUUUAUCACAGGGACAAGCGAUGAAUAAACAGUUGAAUGUCAGAGUUAUAAUGCCUUUAUAUAGUUUUUUACAAGAUUAUUAUAAGCUUCAAUUUCACUCUUAUUUUUCAAUUAAAAUCCAAAAAAGUAAUGGUGAAUGGCAAAUUGUAAAUUUCACGGUUCGAAAAAUGCGUUGGGUUAUUAACGAAAAUAUUGAUAUCUUGAGUAAUGAACCACAAAAUCCACGAGAAAUGGUUAUUUAUUUCAUUGGACCUGCAAUAGAUUAUAGUCCUCUAGAUUUGGCUUUUCAAGCAUCCAGUCCCCUUGAAAUAUAUUCAACUCCACCCGGAUUAUCUCAAGAAUGGAUGAAUUUGUAUUUUUGCAAAGCAGUAGCUGAACUUAUAACAAACUUGGAUAAAUAUCCGGAAACUCAUCUUUUUGCCGAAAGUACAAAUAGAGGUGUAGAUGUUGUGCAUCUUCAUGGGGCAACAAAUUCUUUUGUGAUAGAUUUUCUUAAAGAAUUAUAUACUGAAGAUCACUAUGGUAAACCAUCUCCUCCAAUCGUUUAUACUUUGCAUGAUUAUUUAGAAGAGCAAUUAUAUUCAACCUUAUUUGCCAACUUUAAAAUGUUCAAAGACUUAAGCAAUGAUACUGAUGAUUAUUUAAAUUAUGUUCAUGGUCGUCGACUUUAUCCAUCAGCUUAUGCAAUUGAUAAUGCUCAAAUAAUAACUUUUGUCUCUGAACCACUGGCAAAAGAAAUGGUAGAAGGUCCUUUAGAUUUUUGGGCAAAGGAAUUAAUUAUGCCGAGUAUUCUUAACCGUGCAUCCCACGGACAAUGGGUUGGAAUCUCUAAUGGUUUGGAUUUUACUCAUUUUAAUCCUUUCGAUGAUCUUUUACUCUUUGAGACCGAUUCACAUUUCCCAAAGAAUAUUAAUACUUUUGAUUAUGAGCAUUUUAUUGAGGAACAAAUCGAUACAUCAUCACAAGAACUUGUUAUUGAUGCAAAAUUUAAAGCUAAAAGUUAUUUAAUAAAAGAAGGACUUUUAGAUGCUAGCGAUUUAAAUAGAACCAUAGUUUUAUAUAUCGGUCGAUUUCAAUAUAAUAAGGGUGCAGAAUUCUUGAUUCCAGCAGCCGAGACUGUAGCAUCUCUUGACGCUAAAUUAAUUGUUAUGGGUCAGGAAAAUAAUUUUCCUAUUUAUAAAUUGAAAAAACUUCAAUCAAAGUACCCGCAACAUUUCAAUUUAAUUGAUGAUUUAGAAUUUCAAAAUAAUUGGGGAAUCUUAUAUCGUGCUGCAGCAGAUAUACAAUUUGUACCUAGUCUUACUGAAAGUUUCGGUUUAGUUGCAGCCGAAGGAUUAUUAUUUGGUGCCACAAUUGUUAGUACGGGUGUAGGAGGGUUAAAGGAAUUUUUAGUUAGUAAAAACGUAGAUAAUGCAAGCGAUAGAUAUAAUUCUUAUUUAUUUGAAUUAGUUGAUGGACAAUAUAAUGAUCCUUCUGUUAAAGGGAUGGUAAGAGCUUUAACUGAGGUAAUAAAUGAUUAUAAACGAUUAAAAAAUAAUUUGCAUGAAAAAGAAAUAAGUGUAAGAGAUUUGAUCAAAGAUGCACUUAAAUUGAGUUGGCAUCGACCGGAGGGACCUAUUGAACAAUAUAAUAAGGGUGUAAUUAAUUGGGCUAAUUAG